UCUGACGGAGCGCCGCCGCCCAGCGCAGCGCAGCGGCCAGGCGCAGGAGGGAGGCGCCGCGCGGCCCGGCUCCCCGCGUGCCGCCGCUCGGGGGACAGCGGCCGCCUCCGCGCUGCCGGCUGCUCCGCUCCUCUGGCCGCAUCAGGGCCUGCAUGCUGUGACACAAAAACUGCAUCAAGCUGUGCACUAUGUUCAUGACUGAUUGAUCAACCCAAGAAAAGACCCAGCUGGUUUUGUGACUCGGAGCCCAAUUUGCGACGCGCUCUUGCAUUUUUCAAGACGACAGUACUGUCCACAGGAAGAAAUGACCAUGUAGAUUCUACAGCCUGGGUGCUGCAUAAUGGGAAAUGGUGAAUGGAGUGGAGCUGGUCUGCAGCCUUGAAAGCAGCCAUUCUGUGGACCACUAGGCGGUCAGGGGCACCUAGCACACCAGAGGCAUUCUCCACGUCGCUCACUGGACACAUGCUGGAUUGUUUUUAAUCCUAGGCUGGAAUUCGAGACUCGUCUCCUUCAGUUUUUAAACAAUUUUAAGCUUCUAUCAACUAUAACAAGUGGAGCAAUAUAAUCAGUAACCAUGGGUGACAUGACAAAUAGUGAUUUUUAUUCCAAGAACCAAAGAAAUGAGGCCAACCAUGCAGGAGAAUUUGGGUGCACCCUGCAAGAACUGCGCUCCCUCAUGGAACUCCGAGGAACAGAAGCAGUGGUAAAAAUUAAAGAGACAUAUGGGGAAACGGAGGGGCUCUGCAGGCAUCUGAAGACAUCACCAACAGAAGGGUUAGCUGGCACUGCUGCAGAUCUAGAAAAACGAAAGCUUAUUUUUGGAAAAAACUUCAUACCCCCAAAGAAGCCAAAAACGUUCAUACAGCUGGUGUGGGAAGCACUGCAGGAUGUGACUCUUAUAAUCUUGGAAAUUGCAGCCAUCAUAUCCUUGGGGCUUUCGUUUUAUCAGCCACCUGGAGAAGGGAAUGAAGGGUGUGGCACUGCAACAGGAGGAGCUGAAGAUGAAGGUGAGGCUGAAGCUGGCUGGAUUGAAGGUGCUGCCAUCCUGCUGUCUGUUAUCUGUGUUGUACUUGUCACUGCCUUCAAUGACUGGAGCAAGGAGAAGCAGUUUCGUGGGCUUCAAAGUCGUAUUGAGCAGGAACAGAAAUUUACUGUUGUCCGAGGAGGACAGGUUAUCCAAAUCCCAGUGGCAGAGAUAGUAGUUGGUGACAUUGCACAGGUGAAAUAUGGUGAUCUCCUACCUGCCGAUGGGAUAUUUAUCCAAGGAAAUGAUCUUAAAAUUGAUGAAAGUUCUUUGACUGGAGAGUCAGACCAAGUCCGCAAAUCUGUUGACAAAGAUCCAAUGCUUCUGUCAGGUACUCAUGUCAUGGAAGGCUCUGGACGAAUGCUGGUAACUGCUGUGGGUGUGAACUCUCAGACAGGCAUCAUCUUUACUCUGUUAGGUGCUGGAGGAGAAGAAGAAGAAAAGAAAGACAAAAAAGGUGUGAAACAGGAGGAUGGACAUCAGAUUCCAGAUUCUUCCCAUCCCUCCUCCCACCCUCCUUCAGCUACAGAUGGUGCAGCAGGUGCAAAUGCCACUGAUAAUGCAAAUGCCAGCUUAGUCAAUGGCAAAAUGCAGGAUGGGAAUAUGGAGAACAGCCAGAACAAAGCCAAGCAGCAGGAUGGGGCUGCUGCCAUGGAGAUGCAGCCACUGAAGAGUGCCGAGGGGGGAGAAGGAGAUGACAAAGACAAGAAGAAAUCCAACAUGCACAAGAAAGAAAAAUCUGUCCUUCAGGGAAAGCUGACCAAGCUGGCAGUCCAGAUAGGCAAAGCAGGUUUGGUGAUGUCUGCCAUCACUGUAAUCAUUUUGGUACUAUAUUUUGCCAUUGACACCUUUGUGGUGAAAAAGAAACAGUGGUUACCUGAGUGCACUCCCGUCUAUGUUCAGUAUUUUGUUAAAUUCUUCAUUAUUGGUGUUACUGUACUUGUGGUUGCUGUCCCUGAGGGUCUUCCACUUGCCGUCACUAUUUCUUUGGCUUAUUCUGUAAAGAAAAUGAUGAAGGAUAACAAUCUGGUUCGCCACUUAGAUGCCUGUGAAACUAUGGGUAAUGCUACAGCCAUAUGCUCUGACAAAACAGGGACACUAACAACCAACCGUAUGACAGUCGUCCAAGCCUAUAUUGGUGAUGUGCACUACAAAGAGAUCCCUGACCCUGACUCUGUACCUGCUAAGACCCUCGAAUUGCUGGUUAAUGCAAUUGCUAUCAACAGUGCUUACACCACAAAAAUUCUGCCACCAGAAAAAGAGGGUGGCCUGCCUCGGCAGGUAGGCAAUAAGACGGAAUGCGGUCUCUUGGGUUUUGUCCUGGAUUUGAAGCAGGAUUAUGAGCCUGUUCGGUCCCUCAUCCCCGAGGAGAAACUUUAUAAAGUUUACACAUUCAACUCUGUAAGGAAGUCAAUGAGUACCGUCAUUAAAAUGCCAGAUGGUAGUUUCCGAAUGUACAGCAAAGGAGCUUCUGAAAUUGUUCUGAAGAAGUGUUCCAGGAUCCUUAAUGCAGCUGGUGAACCUCGUAUCUUCAGACCACGUGACCGGGAUGAAAUGGUGAAGAAAGUGAUUGAACCAAUGGCCUGUGAUGGACUGAGAACUAUCUGCGUUGCUUUCCGAGACUUCAACAGCAGCCCAGAACCUGACUGGGACAAUGAAAAUGACAUUUUAUCUGAUCUGACUUGCAUUUGUGUUGUUGGCAUUGAAGAUCCAGUAAGACCAGAGGUCCCAGAAGCCAUAAGAAAGUGCCAGCGAGCUGGAAUUACGGUCCGCAUGGUCACUGGAGACAAUAUCAACACAGCACGUGCCAUUGCCAUAAAAUGUGGGAUCAUCCAUCCAGGAGAAGACUUUCUUUGCCUCGAAGGGAAAGAGUUUAACAGAAGGAUCCGAAAUGAGAAGGGGGAGAUUGAGCAAGAGCGGAUUGACAAAAUCUGGCCAAAGCUUCGAGUACUUGCUCGGUCAUCUCCCACGGACAAACAUACUUUGGUCAAAGGUAUUAUUGACAGCACACAGGUGGAGCAGAGGCAGGUUGUGGCUGUGACUGGUGAUGGAACCAAUGAUGGACCAGCACUUAAGAAAGCUGAUGUUGGCUUUGCAAUGGGUAUUGCUGGAACAGAUGUUGCAAAGGAGGCCUCAGAUAUCAUCCUAACAGAUGACAAUUUCAGUAGCAUUGUCAAGGCUGUCAUGUGGGGACGUAACGUGUAUGAUAGUAUCUCCAAAUUCUUGCAGUUCCAGCUCACUGUUAACAUUGUGGCUGUGAUAGUGGCUUUCACUGGCGCAUGCAUUACCCAGGAUUCUCCUCUAAAAGCUGUGCAGAUGCUGUGGGUCAAUCUGAUUAUGGACACUUUUGCCUCACUUGCUCUGGCCACUGAACCUCCAACAGAAGCUCUAUUGCUAAGAAAGCCAUAUGGCAGGAACAAACCUCUUAUAUCCCGUACCAUGAUGAAGAACAUUCUGGGCCACGCUGUCUACCAGCUUACUCUAAUAUUUACACUUCUUUUUGUUGGUGAGAAAAUGUUUAAGAUUGACAGUGGGAGGAAUGCACCUCUGCACUCUCCUCCUUCAGAGCACUACACUAUUGUCUUCAACACGUUUGUCAUGAUGCAGCUUUUCAAUGAAAUCAAUGCACGCAAAAUUCAUGGAGAGAGAAAUGUCUUUGAUGGCAUCUUCAGAAAUCCUAUUUUUUGCACUAUUGUACUGGGUACAUUUGCUAUUCAGAUAGUAAUUGUCCAGUUUGGAGGAAAACCAUUUAGCUGUUCUCCCCUGCAGCUCGACCAGUGGAUGUGGUGUGUAUUUAUUGGAUUAGGAGAACUUGUAUGGGGUCAGGUCAUUGCAACCAUCCCAACAAGUAGGCUAAAGUUUUUAAAGGAGGCAGGGCGGCUCACUGAGAAGGAAGAGGUUCCUGAAGAAGAACUCAAUGAAGAUGUUGAAGAAAUUGAUCAUGCAGAGAGAGAACUUCGACGUGGACAAAUUCUCUGGUUCAGAGGGCUUAACAGAAUCCAAACCCAGAUCGAAGUAGUCAAUACUUUCAAGAGUGGCACUUCCUUUCAGGGGGCUCUAAGGAGACAGUCCUCCGUCACAAGCCAGACCCAGGAUAUCCGCGUCGUGAAGGCAUUCCGUAGCUCUCUCUAUGAAGGUUUAGAAAAACCAGAAUCUAGAACCUCUAUUCACAACUUUAUGACUCAUCCUGAGUUUAGGAUAGAAGAUUCCCAGCCCCACAUCCCACUCAUUGAUGACACAGACCUAGAAGAAGACCCUGCUCUCAAGAAAAACUCGAGUCCACCGUCUUCGCUGAACAAGAACAACAGUGCUAUCGACAGUGGAAUAAAUCUUACAACUGACACAAGUAAAUCAGCUACCUCUUCUAGUCCAGGAAGCCCAAUACAUAGCCUGGAGACAUCACUUUAGCUGAAAAGGUCACUGCAAAAAAAAAAUAAUAAUAAUAAAAAUAAAAAAAUUAAAGUAAAAUAAAAUAAAAUAAACAACCACAGCAACCGAAAUCUAUAAAUAUAUAUAUUAAAAAACAUUGCUGGCUGAAAAGCUGUUUGAACUCUUAUUCACUCUGAGACAAGUGAAUGAAUUGUUAAUCACAAUGGUUUUGGGGAAAGAAUGAAUGGCUGAUUUACAACCCCCCCCUCCUCCUGUUCCCUUUCAGAAAACAAAAGAAAACAAAAAAAAUCUCCUGCAUGAAUGUACUGUACACUUCUGGCCCUUCUUUCUUUCUUUUCCUUUCUUUUGUUUUUUACUUUUACCUUUAUUUUUUCCUCCUUAAGCAGGAACUGCAGAGGACUUCUUUCUGCGGCUAUUUAUCCAAUUCACUGGUCUGUGAGUUUUUUGAAAUGCUUGUGUGGCAUGGACUCAAUUGUAUAGAUUAAUUUAAAGAACUUUUUUGAAGUUGCAAAGCUUAACUUGCACAGUAGAUUUGCACCAGUUGGACAGAGGAACUUAAACAUUUAUGAGACUAUAUAUAGAGAUAUAUACAUAUAAGUAUAUACAUAAUUAAUUAUAUAUAUGUAUAUAUCUAUAUAUAUAUAUACAGUUAUAUAUAUAUAAAGUUUCUUUGUUGGCAUGUUGCCUUGUUUCUGCUCAAAUUGCUCUGACUAUUUUAACUUAUUUAUGUCCUAAAAAAGAAUGUAAUUUGUUUACAAACCUGUAGAUAAUAUCCUUAACUAUUUGUAGGGUUAAGAAAGCACUUCCUGCCGAAGUAGUAUAAAAAAGGCUCAGCUCAGCUCAUUGAAAACGUCUGUAAUAUCGCACCCUGGAUAUUUUAUUGCGACUGCGUUCUGAUUUCUGCCUGGUUUUUUGUUGUUGUUGUUUUGGGGGGUUUUUUUGUUUUUUUGGUUUUUUGUUUUUUGGGCUUUUUUUUGGUAAAUAUUGUAGAUAUUGCUAGUAAAUAACGAAAGAAGCCAAAAUAUAAUAACACAUUGGAUGUAGCAUUGUGAUCCUAUAUACAGGGAGGUAAAACAGGCUUCCUUUGUUUCAAAUAAAAAUCAGAAUGAUCAGGUUCUCUCUUUUUUUUUUCCCCCCCCCUCUGAUAACCUGCUUGAAUUUGUUUUGGUGCAACAUUUGAGAGUGGAGGCUGUUUUCAUUCUUUAAGCAAAGGGCAAUGGCUUCCAAAACAUAUUUUUAGACAGAUAAUCUGUGAAACUGAGUUGAGUUUAUAAAUAACAGAUUUAAAAUAAGUUAUAUUUGGUUUGUCUAUAUGGAGAUCAAACUAAUGUUUAAAUAUUGUGACAUAUUGUGUUAAUCCUUUUCAGUUAGUAGUAUAGGCGUUUAUUUCCUUAUUACUUACAAAGUACGGGCUGUUGGCAUUUUGGAUGAAAAUCACUGUAGGUUGUUGCUUUGGUUUUUCUUUUUUCUCAAAGGAAAAUAUCAUUUCUGCACUAUUAGGUCCGAAUGAAGCGAUAUUACCUGCAUAUUGAGAUCUUCUUUGUGUGAUUUUUCUGGUUUUAACCAAGCUUGUCUUCCUGUAGUCACAAAGUAUACUGUAACACAGAACAUUGUUUGACCUUGAGCUUUCUACAAAGAAAGCUACUUUGCAAACCUGCAGUAAGGAGGGUGAAAAAAUGCUUUUCAAGAUGGUAACAGCCCUAAUAAUUUAAAAUUUAUGAGCUUAUAUAAUUGCUAUGUCAACCACUUGAAUGCUAAGCACUUUGUGGAUCACAGAUUUUUCAUAAAUAAUUUUUGUAUUUAAUAUAAAGUUUGCUUGGAGACUUUUCAGCAUAUAAUCUUUUCCAUGAUUGUACAGUGCAAAAGAUAUUUUGAAUUACACCAUUGAUUAUGCCAGAUGUGUUGAAAAACACUCUCAAACUAGCUUGACAAAUUGAUUUGUUAAGGCAUUACUGGUUGUCUUAAGGUUGGCUUAUAACAUGGUGCAUCUCUGCAGUCACAAGAACUAAACCAAGCCAGAACUCUCCUAAACAGGAUUAGACUCAUGGCCAAACUGCAGACUGAACCGACUAAACCGUUUUCAGGGUGCAUCAAGACUAUUCAGCCAGGUAAAGCUCAAAUCAGCAUCAAUUGCCAGCUUCCGGACUCUUGUGUAGAAGCUUGAAUGUUUUUGGCUCAAAUUCAUAGUUCGCUAUCUGAUCCAAACUUUUCAUUCAACAACAGAACAGGUCGUGGGAGGUGUACACAACUGUUUCCAGCAGAUAGUGUUACCCGUUUCUUAGCAGUAAAAAGCUAGCAUGGAAGCAUUAUUAUUUUAGCUAAUUCCUAGCAACAAAGUGAUUGCAACUCAGUCAGGAUUGUUCUUCGCUUUGUAAAUACGGUGACUAACCUUUGUAUAACAUGUAUUGGGUUUCUAUGGCCUAUUUGGGAUAUCAUAUUAAGAAGAAGAAGAAAAAAAAAGUGUUAUCUAUUUACAGGGAAGCCUCUAGCUUUGGACUUGAACAUCUACAAAAGUUAUUAAUACUGGAACAAUUUGUUUUCAGCAUCUUAACACUGACUGUUUGCCUUUUUGUUUUCAAACUUCAUGUUUUUUCUUGGUUUCGUUUUUUUUUUUAAUGUUCCUGUAGGAAUAUCCCUCCCUAAGGUACCAUUUGCAGACUUGAAAACUGUUAAGAAAAUGAACACUGCAUUCUGUGUAUAUAUAGUAAAACAUAUAUAAACUGAGAUGCAUAGAUAACUUGGGCUUUUGUGAGCAGAGACUGUGCUUUAUGUAUAUGAUAAAUGAUAGAUUUUUUUUAAAGCAGAAUAGCUAUGACCUUUCAACUACAAGUCGUGCAUCACAAUUCCUUUCUUUUAUUGCUUGACCUCUCUGUGAUGGGAACAAUGGAUCAAAAACCAAAAUGAUCAGUUUGUUAAAUUCCCUGCAAUAUAUAAAUGCUCGCUCUCGACGUACUGUACUUAGCAGCAUGAGAUUUGUGGACAACAAUACAGUGGUACAUUGGCAAUCCAUCCCACUAGGGGUUAUUAAUAUAUGUUCAUUCAUCUGUUUUUAUGAAUUUUUUUAUCUAGACAAUAAUUGUAAAUAAAGAACUUACUCUGUCUGUUCAUUUAAUACUAUGCAAAAGGUUAUGCUUUCUAUUGUUAUUCUUAUUCCUACAGUGUGAUGCUGGAAUGUUUGUGGUUUCAAAACAAAAAAAAACCAACAAAAAAAAAAAAAGACAAAAG